UGUGUGUCGUGUGUGCGGUUUGUAUCUGCGAGCGCACGGUGCGAUCAUCUGUGCUGUGGUUGGUUUCGCGGCUGUCAACGCCAGCAGUCGUGUACGGAACAGUGCGAUGAAAUUAACGACGCUCUUACGAAAGAUCAUAUAACACCAGAUCCCUUUUCUCUUUUUCUUUCUACCGUAACAUGCUUUUAGUUAUCCUCCUUGCUGUGACACUACCUCUAUCACUGACCAUUUGGUCCUUGUCAGUGGUUUCGUCUUGGUACACUGAAAGUGUAGCACCUCCAACGCCUCUCCGAUUCUUUUUUUCCGCGUUCAUUCCCAUUUUAAUAUCGGCCUGGGGAUACAAGAGGAAAAGCCUCGACCUUUCAGGAGCGCUAUGUGGUCUGGUGGUCGGCUUCAUUUUGACUUUAAGCAGCUACCUGUUUUUAGCGAGCCUUUUCGCUUUCUUUAUUUCAUCCUCUCGAGCAACAAAGUUUAGAUCCGAGCUGAAAAAGAAAUUCGAACCGGACCACAAGGAAGGAGGUCAGCGCAAUUGGGUCCAGGUGCUUUGCAAUGGUGGCAUUGCGACAGAGUUUGCUCUGCUGUACGUGCUGGAAUGUGGGAUGGGCGAGAGGCUGGUCGAUCCGAGCAAUGCCUGGCAGUGCACCAUCCUCUCGCUGGCCGUGCUCAGCGCCCUGGCCGAGAGCUGUGGCGACACAUGGGCAUCGGAAUUUGGCAGCGUGCUCUCCAGGGGAGAUCCUUUCCUCAUCACGUCAUUCCAAAGAGUGCCCAGAGGUACUAAUGGGGGCGUUUCCCUGGAGGGCCUGUUAUUUAGUGCCCUGGGCGGGGCCUUCAUAGGCAUGGUGUAUUACCUUGCCAUGGCUCUGUUUGUGGGUCCAAGCAGCCUACAGGCAGCAUCAGCACAGUGGCUGGUCGUCCUUGUUGGUGCCUUGGCCGGCUUUCUCGGAUCCCUGCUGGACUCCUUCCUCGGAGCCACUCUGCAGUUCUCAGGUGUGCAUGCCAAGACAGGCCGGAUAGUCGAACGUCCCGGACACAAUGUCAAACACAUCUGUGGUGCCAACAUCCUUGACAAUCACUCGGUCAACCUGUUGUCCAAUCUGGCCACGGCUUUCGCAGUACCGUUGAUUUCAGUGAACUUCUUUUCAUUCCUUCGAUAAUUUGCAUUUGUUGGACUCCUUUCUAUGCCACUCUGUCAAUUAAUGAGACGAGCAGAAUGUAAGGGCUGUUAUUUCGUUAAUAGUGACCAACUUUGGUUGUGUUGCGCAUGCGACUAUUAUUUUUUCGUAUUUAUUUUCGUUUUGUCAGCUCUUGCCGCAUGAUGCACGGUGGUGUUGUGAAAAUUAGAGGCAAUAAGGUAUUACUUCAUUGGUCAGUGCUUGGCACAUCUUCUGCUUAGUCGCAUGAUUUGUUUUGAUGAAACAAAGGGAUAAGCCAUGCAUUCAAACAAGCUACUGAUAAACUGUGACAACCUGCUGUUAUAUGUAGCAGUUUUGAUAACAAUAUGAAUAAUAUCAAGCAGAUACGUUGCAGCAAUAAUUUAUUCGUGUAAUGGGAUAGUGUAUUGUUUCAUUCUGCCUGCCAUUUCACUUCAAAAGUCUUUCUUUUUCUUCCAAAGAAAUCAAACUAGCAGGUGCCACUCUUUGCUGCAACCCUCUAACAUGUUCUUGUGGUGUUAUAGGCUACAUUAGGUAAUCUAAAUGCUGAAGGCAUGACUGUAGUGCGUUACCUGACUAUAACGCCGUUGCUUUGCCAGCUUCAGUCACUCAAAAGUAUGGGUUUAAUAGCGUUAGCAGUGGUGACUAACUGAUAAUAUAACAAUAUUCUGAUGUUCAGUUUCUUGAUUUGGUUAGUAAGGUUCAGUUUGUCAGCAGGGUAAACUAACUCAUAUGUCGCAACUGGUGAACAAGGAUAUCAGAGCAGCUAAGUGAUCUUGAGCAGUUUGAAACUUUGGGUUUUCUGGUGUCCUUAGAGAUGGUGUAAUGACUUAAGUUUCAUGCAUGCCGACAGUGUGUGCAUGCAUGCGAAAGUGAGCAGAGACUCUUCCUUGCCUUUUGAUCUCUCUUGAUGCUCCAUCCAAUGAAGCUGUCACCGCUGUUAACACGUAACAAGCAUUAACAGCAGCAUUAUAUUGAGAAACUGCUGCUCACUCUCUCUCUUAGGAGGUCAGCUAUUGAAGGGCUCAUUGUUUCACAAAAGCAGAGUCCACGUCAUAGCGCAUGUUUCAGCGUCUGGCGUGGCAGAGAGCCCCGACAUACAGUGUGUGACUGAGUCAUGCCAGUCUUAAAUUAUUUUCCCGCAUAAUCUCUUGUCACGGGAGGGAAGUGAAGAAGGGAAGAUGGGGAAGAGGUCUCGCCGCGCUGUAACUGGCUGGCUAUCCUACAGUUAAGAAAAGGGAAAUGUAGGUAAAAAAAAAAUAAGGUAUAAAGAGACAUUCAAUGUGAGCACUAUCGCAUCGAAAUAUUCGCCGACAAUCACCGGCAUUUGUGCACGCCACUUGCUUCCAUUUAGUGCAAUAGGCCUUUUGUGGCUGUCUGCGUGGAAGUAUAAUUGGACCACGGCUCCAGGACCUUUUCUACCAAAAGAAGAGCAUUAUCCAAGUGCCCAAAACUAGCUUGUUGAAUGCAUCUAAAAAUGGAUAUUGGCACUGAAGAUUCUCUAUUAGCUUGUUGCACCUGCAAAAAUUCCACGCAGUUCCGUGAGGAGUGAAUAAGCGUCCACUAGUGAGAUGUCCAACACACAUGACGCAAUGAAGAUAUCUCGUAACGGGAUAGUCUCGGUGGCAGGCACAGUCUCGACUGAGGGUCAAUUAAAUAAAAGUGGAAGUUGGGUAAACUUAGUGAGUUCCAUCGUCAAAGUUUAGUGUGUAUGGUGAGCAAGUAAGCUAAGUUGCCACAUGUCAUCGCUUCUCGAAAGUGUUACAUGCACACUCGUUGAUGAGCAGGAAAUGCAGCUUUAUCUGCUGUUGCUGACAUCUCUGCAUUGGCUCAGCAGCCAUAGAAAUAGUCAGAUGUUGGGUUCAUGUUCUGCUACAACGAACUAUGUUGCAACUUUUCGCUCUUAUUUAUUAUAACGAGGUUCAAGUGUCUGGCCCAUUUUACUAUACUGUUUUUCAGUGGGCCUUUUGUUUGUCCAUUAUAGCAUCUGCAGUUAGGUGAGGUGACGGUGAUUUUUGUUGAUAGCAUGUUAUUAAUACCAGUUGCCUUCAUUGCAGUGUGGGGGGGGAGUAAGGCAAGAGAGAUAAGUGGGGUGAAAAGUAGAAAGUUUGGAACGGCUUAAACAUUCUUAACUACUUUAUCACAUAAAAAUGAAAAGUGAGUCUUGUAAGGUGUUGAACUUACCUCUCAACUCUAGCCACGGCAACCUCUUCCCCUUUUGUGUUUUAUUACAAUACUGCAGUUAAAACAAGGCAGGGUGUCUAAUUUCACUACUGGGACAAGGGGGCCACCGUUGCAAUAUUGUGUUCUUUUUUUCACUGCUCUGCCACGCAUAGGUCUGGUGUAAUAACAGUGUUGUUUCACCUCUAGUCUAACUAGAGCAACACGAACGAAAGAUCGGAGCUUCAUCCUUGCCUUCCACAGGUUAGCUUGCAGUAGUGAAUAAACUGCUGUGCAUGUAGCGAUAUAGAGAGGAAGUUAUGUUUAUCUGUGGCCCCUGUCAGUGCAUUUACGUAGAAAAAUGAGCGUUUUUCUUUGAUAUUAUAAGUAGCUACCAUAGUUGUUAGUCGAGCAAUGCUUGUUCAAGCAUGGUGCGGCCGUUGGGGAGCCCCAGUCUUCCCUCUUCAUGCAUGCUCAUGGAUUGAAAUGCAGCAAUUUAGGCCUGAGUAAUGCACGUACUGUCAUUUCCACCAUCUGCAGUCCAUGUUAUAUCAGAAUAAUUUCGACUCAUGCACUUGCAUCAGCCAACAUUACCAAUACAGCCCGAUUCGUAGCGACAUAACACGGUUAUCUCAAACCACUUGUGCAUACCAGUCAUUUUGAUGUCACAUUUCAGUCCGUGAGCAGUUUACAUGUAAGAAGGGCUAGAACUAUCGGGCAGAAACUGUCGAUGAUAUUUUUAAUGUAAGUGAAUAGCCUUAUGCUUCCGGAAAGCUUUUUACCUUAUUGAAGAAACGAUGGAGUUGAAGGCACAUAUUUGUUGUAGUGAGGAUAUUCAGGCAGCAUCUUUUGUUUCGUUGCAUAAUUUUCUAGCGAACAGAGUCGUUAACCAGUGUACCUGUAGCAGCACUACACGUAGUUAAGCGGCACGCGCAUCUCUCAGAACUAUAAAACGGUUGGUGUUUGAUGACAAAUGUGAUACUACAAUGCAGUAGCACGUGUUCAUGCGUUUUUUGCAUCAGCAUUUAAAGACCUACCACCACCAACCUCUGACCACUACAAAAAUGAGCGAGAGAGCCAAUGAAAGCACUUUAAUUUAAAAAACUGUUUUAUCGUGUGAGCUCCUUCAUUGGCUGCAGCCAUAUCUUUCUGCUGUUUAGCUGAGGAAAGAAAUGCUCUUAGGGACAUAAUAACAUUAGCUAUUUGCUGUGCUUAAUUCUGCCAUCAUAAUCUUUGUCAUAACAAAGCUCACACACUUGUGAGCAUAGAGUUCCUGCAUGCACAGCAUUUUAUUGCUGCACGUGAGCUUGUGAAAAGCAAGGGGGCAGUUCUGACACUUCGUUUUUGUCGUUUCAAGCACAUUCAUCUUGAUGAUCUUGCACGCCUUGUGUUUGUGUUCCUCUCUUUCUUGGUCUCAUCUUUCUUGCUCUGUUCAAGUAUACCAUGGGUUACACGCUUUGCCAGUCUUUGUCUAAUAUAGGAUUGCUGGAACGCUGGCAUCAGUUACGCCCAGUGUCUUAUCUUUGCCGGAGUUCCAGCUUACACUCAGACAGUUUGCAGUCUAUUGGGAAUGUUUUUUUUUUGUCCUACGACAAUAAUAGUCUGCUUGCUAGCUUGCACUUCCUUUCUUGAAGACCUAUGCACUUGCAACUUUCCUAUCACCAGUUGCGUGGCGUUAAACCGAGGUAAGGCACGCUGGAUAAUAUGAAAAAUAUUGUUUUGGGGGUCAAAAGUGUGCCCCAACAUGUGCAACUGUCUUAGGAGUGUACCAUCAUACGUGCAUUUGUUUGUGAUAAUUGUUCAGUCGUUAAGCCAUAAUACCAUCAACUUACCGUAUUUAUUCGAAUCUAAGCCGACGUUUUUUUUUUUCCGAAAAAACGAUGUGCGAAAGGGGGGUCGGCUUAGAUUCGAGUACAAUGACUAGGUCUUUUUUUUUUUUUCUGGCCUUGUGAAUUUCGGGGGUCGGCUUAGAAUCGGGGCCGGCCUAGAUUCGAGUAAAUACGGUAAAAUCACCUUUUCCAAUUGUGAAGGUAUGUAUGACUUGCCGUGAUUACGUUUGUUACCAAUUUGAAUUUUGGAUGUAAUCUUGCUUCAGGUGCAGGCUUGUCUAGAAAGGCGUUGAAUGUCAACUAGUGUGCUCACAAAAGCAGCACCAAAAAAAGAAGGCUACAUUCUCCUUGUCAGACUAUUAGCUAACUCGUAUGAUGAACCUACGACAUAGUACUUUUACUUGACACAAUCAUCUGUGAAAAAAAUUAAUUAUGGAAAUCGUUUGUGAUCCACAGCAUUCACACUCUGAGCUCAAUCUUCUAUUUCUGCACGAACAAAAAGCCGAACGGGCGCUGCUUUUAGCAGCUUUGUUAGCUUGAAUGACAAUCACAAAUGACAACGAUGUUACUGAAAAGGUUGUUUAACGUGUGUGUGUACGUUUAGGCAUAGAUGUCCAUAUAGCCGUUUGUUGUUAGUCAUCAGUCUUCACAUAUUUGUCUUGUCUAAUACUACUUGUUGGAAGGCCGAUGCCUGUUAUGGCACUGUUUAUCUUUUUUGGAGCACUAGCAUAACGGGAAAGCUUUGCUUUAUCUUAAACCCAUAAAAGUAUCAGUUUCAAACAGACUGCAAUGAAUGGUGAACUGUCAGUUCUGGCAGUGCCACUUGUAACCAUUGUUGUUUAACUUCUUGUUGUGGCAGUUCUGGCAGUGACUCUUGUAACCCUUCUUGCAGGCAACAUAAUUAUUUCGAUGCUUUAUCACUGUAAUUGUUUUGUAGGGGUCGUAUGACCGGCUGUUGAUGGAGCGCACUGUCUUCACAUUAUCUUUCUGUACACUGUUUUAAGCGCUUCACAGUAACCGAUGGUAUGUCUAAUGUGUAUACUAUUCUAUCUUAUAUGUGUGGAUGACUUAAUCCAAGCAGUUGAAAAGCUGCACGAAAGCUCCGUGCUCUACAUUUCUUGCCUUGAAUUUACGGACUUGUGCACGUUGGUAUUUCGUCACUUGAGUGGUGCUUUUAGCAAUAUGUAUAUCUAGUAUGAUAGUGCAAUACUUUUCCCAUUGUAAAUGCCUUCCACUACCAGUGCACGGAUUUUGAAAAAAAAAGGGGAGAGGUGUGGGGGAGGGGCUAAAAAGAAUCCUUUUGCCUUUUAUAUGUACAACAGCAUAAUGAGACAAUCAACUCGUAAUUUGCUCCCCUUUAUUAAGUAACCAGAGCAACCACGAAAUCGAUGUCUCUCAGGCUGCACAUGCGCUCAUCAUGUGCAUGAUCAAAGAGCAAUGCGCCAAAACUGACUGCCGCGUUCGAGGCCGGAAAAAUUUAGGAAUAGCCGGGGAGAUCAGUUUACCAGGUGCAGCGGUUCUGUUUCAACGACAGGCUGAAAACUUCACACAAGGUUGAGAGGUGUGUUAGGUACGCUGCUACAAUCUUUCUUUUCUUCUAAAUAGUGAACCUCGGACUUUGCUGCACAUGACGCUAAUCUUCUUGCUUUCUAUCUGUGCCUCAAAACCCAUAUCUUUAACACUCUUUACCAUUCUUUGCAUCUUACAGUGCACGCAAGGCAGCCAUAAACUCACAGUCAGCUGAAAGAGGGCUGCAUACCUCUUACACUCAUUUUUAUUGCACAGAUUUCGCGUGCCCAUUAUUUCGUUACCAUCUCGGAUUACUUAUAGCGUAGUUCUCUUCUUACCUGCAGCCAAGCUGCACAUUCCUACAAGCUGAUAAUAUCAUUGCACUAAUGCAAAUGUGUGUCCCAGAAACCUUGGCCUGGUUCAAGUGUGUGCAUCUUAAUACACAUGGACAUGCUUUGACUAUUCCGUGACCACGAUACGCAUGGUUCAUGGAAUUCACAUGUGCUCACUCAUUCACAUUCGAUUGGGCGGCACCUCGUAAGCUGGUCUCCCAUUGCGCCUCUGCAUGUACUCCUUUUGAAGCUGCGCAUUAUUCGUAGGGAAUCUUGUACCUCUGUGUUAGCUGAAGCUGCAGAGCACCAGUCUCUUUGUGCGAACCUGUGUAGAAACAUUAGCUGCUACUGUUCAGUGUAGAAUGUUGAAGUACCUUGCAAAACACUGCAAGUGGUGACAUUUCAAUCACAGUAGUGGUGCGCACCGUUUCCUGUCUGUCAGCACAGCAACAAGCACAAUAGUUGACGUAGCACUCAAAAGUAAAGUGCACUGGCUGGGUGCACAGAGCUUUAAAUCUUGCACUUGGAUGGCAUUAGGCAACAAGCAGCGCGCACGAACAUUAGCACUUGAACCUCGGCCUAAUGCCAAAGUUAUCAUAGUUGUGCAUAGCUUUUCAGGGGAAGUUCACCUGACCUCUGAUUUUGCCAACAUGCUGGCAAAAAGCAUGCAUUAGAUUUCACCUUGUAUGUUGCAAGCUUGCUCUUGGGGUUGUGCAUAUCUAUCAUGCAUAAAACAUUCUUGGUAGCUUGUUGCUGGCAGAAGCAAAGCAGUGUGCUUUGCCUUUUGAAAGAGGUGUAUUGUUCGAUCAACUUGCAUGGGUGCACCAAAAGUGAACUGGUGUGCCAUGUUGCACUGAGAUGUUGACCUUUUGCUCAUUCGCGUCUGUUACUGUUAGCAUGCUCGCAUGUUGCUGUCGACAUUUGCCAUUUCUAGCAGCAGUGCAUGUUGGAAAUGAAAUGAACCCAUCGAAUAUAUCUACGAGCUGUGACAAUCACUGAUGUAUAUUUGUACUGAACGCAGCGCAAAUAUUUUGAUAUGGCUAUAUUUGUGCGGAUGCCUCUAUGUGCAUAUAUAUACACAUUGUGGCUU